AUGUUUAGAUACAAGCAUGUCAGCGUUCGAAAUAGUGCCGAAGAAUCAGCUUUCUACAAUGCUGCAGAGUUUGAGGAAUCAGAGAGUAAUCGCAUUUUCAUGCGCUUAUUGAAGAGGCAACUAGCAGCUACGUUGUGGAAAUAUCCUGCGCAGUUUCUCCAGAACUUUUUUGAUUUCUACGGUGCGAUUCUGAGUUAUGUGAUCCAGGUGUUCCCCAUAUUUAUUUUCAACUCUUAUCAGGAUUUGGAUGCACCUACUCUUGCUCAACAAAUCAGUAACAAUGCGUUUUUCUUCAUCUAUCUCAUCAACAGCUUUACAAGAUUAACAGACCUGGCUCUCGACGUGGGAGAAAUGGCAGGAUAUACACAAAGGAUAGCCGAGUUAGUUCGAUGUAUGAAACGACUAAAUGACGAAGACAGUAUCACAUGGACAGAUAGUGACGACGGAGCAAAAUCUCCUGAUUUGUUUAUCACGAAGGAACUCACCUAUUCUACGCCUGGAGGCUCCCAUGAUCUUGUUUCUGGUCUCAAUUUCAAACUUUCCAAGAGUAAAACAUUAUUGAUUACUGGUAAUAGCGGUGUUGGCAAAUCCUCCCUCGUGAGAAUAAUAAGGAAAUUAUGGGAGCAACGAUCCGGUGCAAUUAUUAGGAACUUUACUCUUAACAACACUAUGUUUAUUCCUCAACGCCCAUACCUUCCUCCUGGGCAGUUAUCCCUCAGGCAACAGGUUGUGUUCCCUCAAAUAGAUAAAGGAGAGAAUAACAUGGAUAUUGACAAUACCAGGAUCAUUAACAUUCUGCAAGCUCUUCAUCUCAGAAACUUAAUAUCCAUGUGCGGAGGUCUGACCGAUCCAGCAAACUUUGAGUGGCAAGAUACGCUUUCCCCCGGUGAACAACAACGCCUUUCAAUCGCACGAAUACUCUAUCACAAACCAUCCUUUGUAUUCCUGGAUGAAGCAACAAGUAGCUUGUCGACUGAAGUUGAAGCCACUGUCUAUGGACUACUGAGAGAACAAGGAAUCUCGUAUGUGUCAACGGGACACAGGCCGUCACUGAGGUCACUCCACGACGUUGAGCUGCACUUGGGUAUCAUCAUGUCAUACUUCGUUCUUGCCGUCGCUUUUCUAGCUGUUGGGAGCAAUGCCGGAAUUACAGACAAAAACUGUACAACGGCUGAUGGAAAGUGGGCUGACCGUGCCUUGGGUUGCUCCAACAGCGUUUCUGACGGUGUUUGCGACUCAAUUGUAGCUGCACAAACUCCACUUACAGUCGGUACUGACACUGACCGAGCUUCUAACUGCUACCAGAUGAACAGUGCCGAUUCUGAAGAAAAAAAGCAGGCUAUGAUAAAUAUGUGCCCAAAAACAUGCGGUUAUUGUUGUUUAACGCCCGAGUACAACUGUGCAAACAGAGAAUUCCCUGGCGUUACUUGCUCCACCAUCACUCAGGCUCAAUGCAAAGAUCCUAAAUGGCGUGAAAUCGUCGCCCGUGAUUGCCCGAAUGUGUGCGGUUUUUGCCUUGAAGGUGGUUGCGUUGAUGCAGCAAUCGAAUGUGCAAACGACAAGAGCAUCUGCCGUAAUGUCGACAUGCAGGCAUUCGUCCAAGUUAAUUGCAAGAAGACGUGCGGUUAUUGUACUGGAACCACCUCAAGCCCGCUUUUUCCUGGAGGAAACACUUACGCUCCUGGAACAUCAUGCAUGGAUUCAUCAACCAACUGUGCCUCGUGGAAGGUGAACGGUUUCUGCCAAAAUGCUUUCUACAACGAUGACCAAAAGGCCAAGUUUUGUGCUAGGACGUGUGGACUGUGCCGCUGA